AUGCCGAUCACUCGUUCGCAAGGAAGGGGAACCAUGGCGUGGACUGUCGGUCUGGAUGAUGGACCGUCGGACAAUACCGACACCGUCCGCCACCAGAUGCCACCACGCUCACCAUCCACAACAGAAGGCGCUGAGGCGCCAGCUUGCCCCCGCGAUGGGGGGGUACUCCUGCCUGUGCCAGCCGUUGUUAAAGCCGGUACACCGAAGCAGAGAGAACAGAUAGCUUGCCCCUGCGAUGGGGGGGUACACCUGCCGGUGCCAGCCGUUGUUAAAGCUGGUACACCGAAGCAGAGGAAACAAAUAGAAGGCAACGAUGACAUUCGCUGUGCAUCACCGCCAACAGCCCGGGUAUAUUCCCGCGCCGAAGAACCACCAAGGGGCCACACCGAUAAAAGUACAAGGUCAAAGAAAACCACUCGGCCCAAUAAAAGGGUUUUGAAGGCUCGUGAGGAAGUGCUGAGAAUAAAAUUGGAACUCGCACAGAUCUCAUUACAAAUGGCUGAAGAAGAUGAUGAAUCGGACGACUAUGAUGAGGAUGGUCACUCCAAAAGUGAGUAUGUCCGAUCUUGGCUCGAAAAUUCUGUAGCCAAACAAAAGCCAACGCAAGGCGCAACCACCGGUGGGGAGGCCCCACUUAAUAAAAACAUCACAAAGCCACCCCCGGAGGUUGUCGACCUCAGUGAGCCGCCGAUGAAGCUCACAAACAAGGAUUCGAAGGUUGAUGAAGAAAGGGAGCUCCUACCUGCUGUAUCAGAGCUCACCUACCAGGAUCCCAAUGCUGAAAAUAUACCGAAGAGUCCCGUACCUCAGAAGGCUUGCCAGGACUCCAAGGUUGAUGAAGACAGGGGGCUCCUACCUGCUGUAUCAGAGCCCGCCUACCAGGAUCCCCAACCGGAAGAAGCAACCAAGAAUCCCAUAAUAAAAAGACCUAACCAGGCACCUGUCAGCAAUGAAGACAGGGUGCUCCGACCAUUCAUAUCGGAGCUCACGUCUGCUAUAGCCGCACUCGCUGAUAAACCAAAACCAGAGAGUGCAUCGUCAAAUACUUUCGCAGCAUCAAAAGCGAUAAUGACACUGCCGAGCUUUAGCGGAGCACAUACUGAAUGGCUUUCGUUCCGUGCCAUUUAUGAAACAACCCGAGGCUACUUCAAUGACAUAGAAAAUACUGCUAGACUACGAAGAAGUCUACAAGGAAGAGCCUUGGAAACAGUUAGUUCGGAACUCAUCGGGCAUGCUAAACCAGAUGAGAUUAUGCGAGAACUGGAGCUACAAUUUGGGCGUCCAGAUUCAAUCGCGCAAGCAGAAACCGAUAAAUUACGGGGAUUGCCACGCUGUACAGAGGCACCCAGAGAUAUUUGUACAUUCGCGAGCAAAGUGAGGGGAAGCGUCGUCACACUUCGAGCACUCAAGCGAGACCAUUACCUCGUUAACGCAGAGCUGCUACGACACCUCACAGACAAACUGCCAAACUCUAUACGCGCGCAGUGGUAUAGAAUUUAUACAGAAAAGUAUGACUCAAGACCAGACCUCGGUUCCUUCAGUGAAUUUAUCACCGAACAAGCUCGCUACUGUAGUGCAUUUGCGCCUCCUGAGAUCAUAAGCGGAGCGCAAAAUAAUCGUCCAGUGCAUAGGACGCACACGGCUACCACUAAACCGUCUCCGAAAUGCAGUGUGUGCGAAAAAGAGGGUCAUUACGGAUCCGACUGCAACAAGUUUAAAGAGGCAGAUAUUGAUAAAAGAUGGCAACUCGCCAAGCAAAGGAAUUUAUGUUUCCGGUGUCUGCGUUAUAGAAGUCAGACACACAGAUGCAAAACCACGAAGUGUGGAAUAAAAGGAUGCAACGCGACACACAAUCGACUCCUUCAUAAUAAUAGAAAGGAAAAGAUAGAGGGCCCACUAAAAGAACCUCAAGAGACAGUGGCAAACUCAUUCGCUGUAUCAAAGCAUCAAGCUUACUUGAAGGUAAUUCCAGUUCGAGUAAUUGGACCGGCGGGAGCAAUAAACACACACGCUCUGCUGGAUGAUGGGUCGACAGUCUCGUUAAUGGAUCAAGAGAUUGCCGAUCAAAUUGGAGCUAAAGGGCGGUUGGACCCAUUCAAGAUCACAGCUAUCGGGAACACUACCCUCGAUUCGCCGGACUCCCAAAGAGUCAAAGUGUCACUAAAGAGUCUCCAUAGAAAAAGGGUGCCAUUCAGAGCACGCACGGUCGCCAGCCUAAACUUGGGGCCGCAGACUGUGCGUGCAACAGACAUAGAAAAUUGUAAGCAUUUGAAAGGCUUAAAGGAUCAAUUGACAUAUGAUUCAGGCAACCCUAGGAUCCUGAUAGGACAAGACAACUGGAGACUCUUAAUAGCCACACAAGUACGCAGAGGUCCACCGCACCAGCCAAUAGCCUCGCUCACAGAACUGGGAUGGGUGCUACACGGGGCACACACUAAAGCCCCGCAUCAGCGCGUCCACACGGCCAACGAGCUGUACACGAGCGAGGAGAAUAUAAAUGACCAACUCCGCGAAUACUUCGCGCUGGAAUCUUUAAUGAUAAAUCCGAGAAAACCAGAUUCCGAUCCAGAGAAGCAAGCCGAAGAAAUACUAAAUAGCAGCACCCGUCAGUUGGAAGACGGGCACAUAGAAACAGCGCUUCUAUGGAAAAAGAAAAACAUCGAAAUGCCUGGAAAUUAUGAAACGGCGAUAAACAGGCUCGUUUCUAUCGAGAAAAAACUAGAUCGAAACGAAGAGCUAAAGCAGAAGUACAACGAAGAAAUGAAUUCCCUAAUACAAAAGGGAUACGCCGAAAUAGCGCCAAAGAAUAGUACACCAGGAAAGACAUGGUAUCUACCUCAUUUCGAUGUCCAUAAUCCGAUGAAACCAGAAAAGUUUCGCAUAGUACACGACGCCGCAGCCAAAACAAAAGGAAUGGCAUUGAAUGAUUUCCUGCUCACGGGUCCAGACUUACUACAGUCAUUACCAGGAGUCAUGAUGCGCUUUCGCCGACACAAUGUUGCUGUCUCCGCGGACAUAGCGGAAAUGUUCAUGCAAAUCAAAGUGAGACCCGAAGACAGAGAUGCCUUGAGAUAUCUCUGGAGAGGAGAUCGACGCAAUGAGGCUCCACAACAAUACAGAAUGACGUCGAUCAUAUUCGGUGCAGCUAGUUCACCCUGCACAGCGAUAUUCGCAAAAAACUGGAACGCCAAAAGGUAUAUAAAAAAAUAUCCAGAAGCCGUAGAAGCUAUCAUCCAAAACCACUACAUGGAUGAUUAUCUGGAUAGUUUCCAGUCCCUGGAAGAUGCAAUGCGGAUAUCGAAGGAAGUACGCGAUAUACAUAAAAACGCGCACUUCACAUUGAGAAAAUGGGUUUCCAAUGCGCCAGAAAUCGUAAAAGAAUUAGAACCUGACAACGAAACAACCGAGUCAGUCAAACUGGGCGACAAGGGAACCGAGGAAAAAAUACUCGGUUUAAUUUGGAAACCGAGUACCGAUCAGCUGAGCUUCAACCUAAAGCUCGCUCGACUUCCGGACAAUUUGCUGCAGAAAAAACCAACAAAGAGGGAAGCGUUGAAAAUAGUGAUGUCGCUGUAUGACCCUCUCGGCCUCGCCUCCCCAGUUACGAUACGCGCCAAGCAAAUACUGCAGGAAGCGUGGAGACGAGGAACAGACUGGGACCAGGAGUUGGACGAGGACCUGAGUAACCAUUGGUCCACAUGGAUCCAACACCUGGAACGUCUCAAAACAGUAAGCAUACCAAGAUGCUACCCGGGAUACAGCGACGCACGCUCCCUCCAAGUGCACGUAUUUUCAGAUGCCAGUGAAAGCGCCUACGCAACGGCAGUUUACUGGAGAGCAACGACACCCGAUGGGCAAGUGUACGUGAGCCUCGUCAUGGCCAAAGCGAAGGUAGCUCCGCUCAAGGUAACAUCCAUACCUCGCCUUGAGUUACAAGCCGCCGUGAUGGGAAGUCGCGUAGCUGCGGCUGUCAUCCAGGAGCAUCACGUAAAGCCCGAAGCUGUCACUUAUUGGACUGACAGCAAAACUGUCCUCACCUGGAUAAAGAAAGGUUCCAGGAGCUACAAACCUUUUGUAGCACAUCGAAUAGCAGCAAUAGAGGACAAUAGUAAAGUGGACGACUGGCGCUGGGUACCCACAAAAUUGAAUAUAGCUGACACCGCUACGAGGGACGUACCACCCAAUUUCGACUCUAACCACGAGUGGUACAGUGGCCCAUCAUUUCUAUACAAAGAACCGUCAGCAUGGCCAACAGAACGACCCACGUCAUCCGAACCUACUGGUGAAGAAAGAUCUCUCACCAUCACAGAAAGAUAUAGAGCUCCGCUAUAUAAAGAGGCCAUUCCCGAUCCGACGAAAUUUUCGAAAUGGGAACGCUUAGUGCGAGCUACAGCCAGAGUGCUUCAAUUCAUAACACUCUGCCGCAAAACAACCGACAGGACCUUUUAUAAAAGGACAAAAAAAAAUAAUAGAGAGGAAGACCCCGACUGGAGGAGAUCGAAGUGCAAUCCGCGACGUCUCGCGCAGCCUCCCAGUCAGGUGAAAAGCAAAGAUGUAAACAAAUACAUCACACUGGAGGCCGAAUAUAUAAGAAAGGCCGAAAAGCUCCUGGUACAUGUCAUCCAGGAAGACUCCUUCACACAAGAGAUAGCCGAUCUCCGUAACGAUAAGAGGGUCGCCCAUGAUAGCCGCCUACGACCACUACAGAUACAAUUGAAAGACGGGAUCAUUGCGCUACGAAGUCGAAUAGCCGCUGUAAAAGGAGUCUCUGAAGAUAUGAAAGGGCCAGCUAUAUUGGAUGGUGAUCAUCACAUCACCCAAUUGUAUAUUGAUUGGACGCAUCGUAGCCUGCAUCAUUGCGGGACCGAACCAACCAUCAACGAGGUUCGACAGCAUUACUGGGUAAUCAGACUAAGACCCACUACUAAAAGAAUAGUAAGCCAAUGCGUUCAGUGCCGCAUAAGAAAGGCACAACCAUCCAUGCCAGCCACCGGUGAUCAUCCCAGCACGCGUCUCGCACAUCACCAGAGACCGUUCACGUUCACCGGCCUGGAUUAUUUUGGGCCACUCUCCGUAACAGUGGGACGUCAGCAUCAGAAGAGAUACGUGGCGCUCUUCACCUGCCUUACAUCACGAGCUGUACAUUUGGAAAUUGUGAAAGAUCUCAGCGCAGACUCUGCCAUACUGGCAUUAAGAAGAUUCGCAGCGCGCCGAGGAUGUCCCACCGAGAUUUACUCGGACAACGGCACCAAUAUGCACGGUGCCGACAAGGAGCUUCGAGAGGCCUUCCGAGAAGAAGCCAGCCGACGAGGCAUAGUCUGGCGAUUUAUAACCCCCUCCGCGCCUUUCAUGGGAGGGGUGUGGGAACGGCUUGUUCGAUGCGUGAAGACGGCACUAUACACCGUCCUUCAUGAGAGACAUCCGCACGAAGAUGUCUUGACCACGCUGCUCUGCGAGGUGGAAUAUACAGUAAACAGCAGACCAUUGACUCACAUCUCAGUAGACAGCAAAGACAACGAGUCCAUCACCCCAAAUCACUUCCUAUUGGGAGGAUCUGCGAGACUGCCAACACCUGGAGUUUUUAGUGAAAAAGAUGCGAACAGCAAAAAACACUGGCGACGCUCCCAGAUACUCGCUGACAUGUUCUGGCAGCGUUGGGUCAAAGAAUAUCUGCCGGAACUUCAAAACCGGCGGGAGGCCCACGGUCAAGGCCCCGAUCUCCAGGUGGGCGAUCCAGUCCUCAUAGCUGACAGCCAGUUACCUCGUAACACCUGGCCACGAGGAAGGAUUGAAAACAUAUACCCCGGGGCGGACGAACAGAUCCGCACUGUGGAGGUACGCACAGCGAAUGGACUAAUCAAGAGGCCAACCAGAAAACUCGUGCCGCUGCCGAAGUAG